UCUUCGUUGCUAAAUUCAAAAAGUCGAUCAAUUUGUUUACGAGCGUCACCAGGAUGGCCACGGGGGCAUGCAGAGACAUUGAAUUAUAUUAAUUUAAUUAUUUUAUUAUCUUCUCUAAAUCUCUAUUUAGUGGUGGCAAAAAACAGCAAAAAAAUGAUUACAGAGUAGAUUUGUUAAGAAAGAAAGGAUGAAGUCUAGGGAAGUAUUACUUAAUGCUCUUUGAUGGGUGUUAAAAAUGUUCUACUUUGAACAAGUUACUGGUAGAGAGCAAAAGGAUCAUGAUUUUUCAGCACUUGCAAAAAUAUUUUUUGGAUAUAUAACCACUUAGACCUCGUGCAUCACUACAAAUACAAUAAAAGUCACGAAAUUUCUGCGGCAAGUUUUACUCUACAGCAAUAGAAUGGUUUUGAUUACUGAGGAAUUGCUCCGAAAACGAGCUGAACACAAUGAAAAAGAAAUCUGUACACUGGAAGAGGUAUCUUUACAUCAGGAGAGCAUAACUAAAAUUGAGCACAUUGACAAAUGGUGUAGAGAGCUGAAAAUUCUUCUCCUACAAUCAAAUCUCAUUUCAAAAAUUGAAAACGUGGGAAGACUGAAGCUCUUGGAGUACCUAAAUUUGGCUUUGAAUAACAUCGAAGUGAUUGAAAAUUUACAAGGAUGUGAAAUGCUCCAGAAACUAGACCUGACUUUGAAUUUUAUUGGAGAUAUUGAAAGUGUUAGAAGCUUGCAGCACAACGAACAUUUGGAAUCUCUGUUCAUGACAGGUAAUCCUUGUGCAGAGUAUCCAGGUUAUAGAGAGUUUGUCAUUGCUACUUUACCACAACUUAAACAACUUGAUGGAACUCAAAUUUUUAGAUCAGAGCGGAUAACAGCAGUCCAAAAAUUGGAUGGCAUCAUGGAAGGACUGAUUUUGCAUCAGAAGGCUCAUAAAGAGAAGAGAGAGAAACAGAAGCGGGAGCUUAUGAGCAACACUCAAACUCAUAACGACAACAUUGACGAGACAGACCCAGAGGAAAACUCUCGAUUUUGGAAUAAAAAAAGUGAGAACACUCCAGAAACAAGAAUCGAAAUAGCUGAGCACACUCGGAGAGCUCAAAAAGCUAGACAAAGCUCAGAGCCAGAGCCCAAAAAAAGAGUCCUCAAGUUCUUUAAAGCAGAUGGAACCCCAUAUAAUAUCAAUGAAGCUAAAAUUCCUUUUCUGUUGGAAUCAGACGAGGAGACAAAUUCCAUCAUUCUGAAAGUGGAAGUGUACAAAUACUUGGACACUAGCUUAAUAGAAAUUGAUGUGCAACCAAAAUAUGUAAGACUUACAGUAAAAGGUAAAACGCUUCAGCUGAGUUUGAGUGAGGAGGUGAAAACAGAUGAUGCUGUUGCUUUGAGAUCACAAGUCACUGGUUUCCUCACGAUCACAAUGCCUAAGACAUUGAGAAUGAUUCCUCUUGAGAUCUCCAGCUCUGAGAAAGAUCUCCCAUAA